AUGAAUACAAGCAAAAAACGUGUGCCAUACCUCACGUGUUCCCAGCACCCGCUGGAAACACCGGCCCGCCCCCGGCGUGACGUCGUCCCGGUGUUGUGGCUGCGGCCGCACGUGGUAGAGUCCGCCACAGACUCCGCUCUGCGUCCUCAGCACCAGCCGCUGCCUUCCUGCUCUUUCCGUUCUCUGUGUCCUCGUCCACCAGCUGCCCGAUUCCUGGGGGCAGGGAAGGACUGCCCGACUGCUACAGCAGCACCGGGGGGCACGCUAUACGCCACUACCCCCGGAGGCACCAGGAUCAUCUACGACCGAAAGUUCCUGCUGGAGUGCAAGAACUCACCCACUGCCCAGACGCCUCCCUGCUGCCUCCCUCAGAUUCCCGGGGUCACAGCUCCUCCAACAGCCCCACCCCCCAAGCUAGAGGAGCUGACGGAGCAGAAGGAGACAGAGGAAGAGAUACCCGAUGAUGCACAGUUUGAAAUGGACAUCUAAUCCCAUGCAGAUGACCACGUGUGGAAUGAGAGGAAUCCGUCAGGCUGCUGCCGCUACCUCCUUUCUCUGGGGUAUCCAAAGGCCUACUGGCCUCAUCUAAUCCGGAAGGGGGUGAUCUGUUGGUUCUGGGCCUCCCUGUUGGGUCUGAGGCAGCUAGACCAGGGAUAGGAGUGGGCAACUUGCCAAGCCCUUAGCUCUACUUUCUCUUUGGUCUGUAGGCACUCCUCCCAACCCCUGGCACUGGGCUCCAGCUGAGGCUGGGCCAGGGGAAUGGAGAAUGUCACUUUCUGACUGCUUAGUAAACAUUCAAAGAAA